AAUUGCGCUUGCAGGUCACAACGAUGCCGAUUGACUUUUAUUACACCCCCUUAAGUCCACCGUGCAAAACUGUGUAUAUGGUCCUAGAAGAACUUGGACUAGAACAUACAGACCAUGAUUUGGAUUUGAGGAAAGGUGAGCACAAAACUGCUCAAUACGCUGAAUUGAACCCAAGGCAAAAAGUCCCUGCACUACGCGAUGAUUCGCUAUCAGUUGGAGAGAGUCGAGCUAUUGCUUGCUAUCUAUGCAACGAAUAUGGAGCGAUGAAGAACAAGAAAAAUCUUUAUCCGACAGAUCCACGAACACGAGCAAAAGUUGAUCAAAUGCUUUACAUUGAUGUUGAUUGGUGGGAAAGUAUAGUAUCCUACGUGAAUGUUCGAGGAGUUUUUCUGCGGAAUGAAAAAACUAAAGUCGAAAACGUUGGCAACGUCACCGACGUUCUUGCAGCUUGUAAUAAAAUUUUGUCUGAGAAGAAAUACAUUGCCGCUGAUCAUUUGACAAUCGCAGAAUAA